AUGGAGUGGAGCUCGGAGUCAGCGGCCGUGCGGCGGCACCGCGGCACAGCGGAGCGUCGGGAGGGACAGGCGGCCGCGUCGCACCCGCAGAGAGAGGCCUCCACGCAGGAGGAUGAGAGGGGCGGCGGGAGGAUGCGGGGGAGGACGGAGAACGGCAGCGGGAGCCGGGGUGCGAAGACCGCGCUGUCCGAGGCGCGCACCGUGCUGGCGCUCGCACUCUACUUGCUCGCGCUGCGGGCGCUCGUGCAGCUGUCGCUGCAGCGGCUGGUGCUGAGCCGGACCUCGGGGCUCCAGGGCGAGUUCGACGCGCACCAAGCUAGGGAUUAUCUGGAACACAUAACGGCCAUUGGCCCCAGGACUACAGGAAGCACAGAGAAUGAAAUUCUGACGGUACAGUAUCUUUUGGAGCAGAUCAAGCUGAUAGAAGCGCAGAGCCACAGCCGUCACAGCAUUUCAGUAGACAUACAGCGGCCUACUGGCUCCUUCAGCAUUGACUUCUUGGGGGGUUUUACAAGCUACUAUGACAACAUCACUAAUGUCGUGGUAAAGCUGGAGCCCCGAGACGGAGCCAAGUAUGCUGUCCUGGCUAACUGUCACUUUGAUUCAGUGGCAAAUUCACCAGGUGCCAGUGACGAUGCAGUUAGCUGUGCAGUGAUGCUCGAAGUUCUCCGGGUCAUGUCAGCAUCUCCAGAACCCCUGCAGCAUGCUGUGGUGUUCCUCUUUAAUGGUGCAGAGGAAAAUGUCUUGCAAGCAAGCCAUGGUUUUAUUACUCAACAUCCCUGGGCCAGUUUGAUUCGAGCAUUUAUUAACCUGGAGGCUGCAGGUGUUGGAGGGAAAGAACUUGUUUUCCAAACAGGCCCUGAAAAUCCUUGGUUGGUCCAGGCUUACGUUUCAGCAGCUAAACACCCUUUUGCUUCUGUGGUGGCUCAGGAGGUUUUUCAGAGUGGAAUCAUUCCUUCUGAUACCGACUUCCGAAUCUAUAGGGAUUUUGGGAACAUUCCAGGAAUAGACUUAGCUUUUAUUGAAAACGGAUACAUCUACCACACCAAGUAUGACACAGCGGACAGAAUUCUCAUAGAUUCCAUUCAGAGAGCAGGUGACAACAUUUUAGCAGUUCUCAAAUACCUAGCUACGUCUGACAUGCUGGCUUCUUCGUCUGAGUACCGACAUGGAAACAUGGUGUUCUUCGAUGUGCUUGGCCUGCUUGUCAUUGCGUACCCUUCCCGUGUUGGCUCCAUAAUAAACUACAUGGUGGUUAUGGCUGUUGUUCUGUACCUGGGAAAGAAACUGCUGCGGCCCAAACACAGGAAUGCUAAUUACAUGAGAGACUUCUUGUGCGGACUUGGCAUCACUUUUAUUAGCUGGUUCACUAGCCUUGUUACAGUUCUCAUUAUAGCAGUGUUCGUCUCUCUCAUUGGACAGUCUCUCUCAUGGUAUAACUACUUUUAUAUCGCCGUUUGCCUGUAUGGAACUGCAACAGUCGCCAAAAUAAUACUCAUUCAUACUCUUGCAAAAAGAUUUUAUUAUGUGAAUGCCAGCGACCUGUAUCUGGGAGAACUGUUCUUUGACACCUCACUGUCUGUGCACUGUGGUUUUCUUGUUGCUUUAACUUAUCAAGGGUUUUGCUCUGCAUUCAUGAGUGCUGUCUGGGUAGCUUUUCCAUUGCUCACAAAGCUUUGUGUGUACAAGGACUUCAAGAAGCACGGUGCCCAAGGAAGAUUUAUCGCUCUUUACUUUUUGGGGAUGUUUAUCCCGUAUCUUUAUGGACUGUACCUCAUCUGGGCUGUAUUUGAGAUGUUUACUCCUAUCCUUGGAAGAAGCGGUUCGGAAAUCCCUCCUGAUGUUGUGCUAGCCUCCAUUUUGGCUGUCUGUGUGAUGAUUCUCUCCUCCUAUUUUAUUACCUUCAUCUACCUUGUGAACAGCACAAAGAAAACCAUUCUGACACUAAUACUGGUGUGUGGGGUCACGUUCCUCCUUGUCUGCAGUGGAGCCUUUUUCCCAUACAGCUCUAAUCCUGAGAGUCCAAAGCCAAAGAGAGUGUUUCUUCAGCACGUGAGUAGAACUUUUCAUAACUUAGAAGGAAGCAUAGUAAAAAGAGACUCUGGAAUCUGGAUCAAUGGGUUUGAUUACACUGGAAUGUCUCAUGUAACACCUCACAUUCCUGAGAUCAAUGAUACAAUCCGAGCUCACUGUGAGGAGAAUGCCCCGCUCUGUGGCUUCCCUUGGUAUCUUCCAGUGCACUUUCUCAUCAGGAAAAAUUGGUAUCUUCCAGCUCCAGAAAUUUCUCCAAAGAAUCCUGCUCAUUUCAGACUUGUAUCCAAGGAGAAGAUGCCAUGGGAUUCAAUAAAGUUGACCUUUGAAGCAACAGGACCAAGCCAUAUGUCCUUCUAUGUUCGAACCCACAAAGGAUCAACGCUUUCUCAGUGGUCUCUUGGGAACGGCAUUCCAGUCACAAGCAGAGGAGGGGACUACUUUGUGUUUUACUCCCAUGGACUCCAGGCUUCUGCAUGGCAGUUCUGGAUAGAAGUGCAGGUCUCAGAAGAACAGCCAGAAGGAAUGGUCACUGUGGCCAUUGCUGCCCACUAUGUAUCAGGGGAAAACAAGAGAUCUUCUCAGCUGGAUGCUCUGAAGGAGAAGUUCCCAGACUGGUCAUUUCCCUCUGCGUGGGUCUCCACCUAUAGUCUCUUUGUGUUUUAAUUUUGUGGAUGGACUUUUAGUCCAUGUUCCCUGGACAUUCCAUGGGAUAGUUUCUCUCCUGCGGCACAUGGAUGUUUGUAAUACAAGUCAAUGAAUUUUACUGAGCAUAUGUUCAAAGAGCUUUUGAGAUAACACUCUUCAGGGCCAAGUAUGUAUGGGUUAAACUUUGGGACAGUGAUGCCUGGCCAUUUUGUCAGUUGAAAAUUCCUGUUUUCUGGCAUUUAAGCACACGUGGAUACUGCCAAUCAUGUCAUUUAUAUGACUGUAAGGACUCAGCAGCAUACCACUUCAGUAGCUUUCCUUUGAGAAUCAAGAAAGAUGUAGACUCUUAGACCACUGUUACUGAGAUAGGCAAGUCCACUUGUCAGUGGAUGGUGGGUACGGUGCCGUUCACUGGAGUAGUGCCUCUCUUUGCACUACAACUUUAAGUCACUGGAAAGGAAAUGGCGCGAAGGUGGAAGCCAUUGCAGCCCCGUAGCCGCCCGAGCGCUGUUUCUUCAGGCAGUUCAGGUGUUUUGCGUGUUCUGAAGCCUAAACCCUGACUCUUGAGUAGCAUUCCGUGUCUGCUUUCCUCUCAAAUGUGUUCCUGUCAUUUACCUGGAGAAGAGAACAUUUCUUCAGCUAUAUUUUCUUCUUAUAUUUCAUGGGUUGGUUUAUUUGUGCAAGCACAGAACCUAAACUUCUUCCCUAGUGCACUGAAUUGCCAGCAUAGCUGCUGAGGUGGAAGAGGAGGAGGGGCUGGGAGGACUGGGGAUUUUAUAAUAUUUAUUCUCUUUGUUUUAUAAGGAUUCUCUGUUAUACACGGUUAAUCCUUUAGCACAACAUUUUUAUUGCUGCAUUGGGUUUUCUGUUUUCCAGCAGGUGACUAAGUUCUUGUAACUUGCUGUCAGUGAGAACUAGCUGUCCCGAUGUUGAGGUUGUAGCUUAUACAGGAAGGAGACUUAAUGGUGCUUUUCAUUCUGAAGACAGGGAUGUGGUGGCUUGUGAGGUAUGUCACAGCAGUGGCUCUUGUGACUUCUCUAGGUUCCAUUGGUGACAGAGGAUGAGACGAAUAAUAAAUUAUGCUAAUUUCUUUUACAGUAGUAAAUGUACAAAGACAAAAUUUGAGUUAGCCAACAAGCAUGACCCAAAAUAUAGUUGAAAGAAAAGCCAUAGUAAGGCAAAAACAAAAUAAAAUAAACAAUAUCCUUGUCAGAUGAGAACAGGAAGGCAUCUCUCAGAGUGACCCUCAGAACCAUCUGAACGUCAGCAAGAGCAUAGUUAAGUGUGCACUGCAGGAGAAGAGCUUCUGAAAAUUCCUUGUGUGGUAUGUGUCGGUUUCUGAAUCAUGUUCCUUGUAUUACCUGCCUAAUAUCUAACACCUUAAAAACCUAGGCCAGUGCAGACAUGAGGGCUGCAGCUGGAGCUGAAUGGUAACAUGCUGACUGUCACAUGUGGUGUGACACUGUAGAGUGGAUACUCUUUUUUGGUGGACUCACAGAAAGCUUAUCUCAACAGUGCUUCAAGUGUCUGGCUCCUGCUGUGUAUGUAUUAUCUGUCAGGUCCUACUUAAAGGUUUGAGAGUUUAUGUCUAGCUUCUAAAGAACCUCAGCUGGGGAAAAUAAGUAACAGUACUAAUAGCUCAAUGAAUUUCAGAAUACAGGCUUAUGUUCUGUGCCUGGGUUAAUCUGACAUUGAUUACUAGAUGUAAUUACGGGAGAGGGGAGCACAACAGCAUGCUGAGGAAGUCCACGACCCAGGGUGCUCUCUGCUCCUUCCUUUGGCAGGUGCCUUUCCGUAUAGUCAAUCAUGGUGUUCUUUCCGUCUUUGGGUUGUUUCUCUAUGCAAACCAUUCUGAUUUUCUCUAACACUGUUAUGCAGCCACUAACAAGAUGUUUGGUUUCAGGGCAUGCUUAAAGGCCAGAAAUGGUCAAGUAAUUACAUACAGUGUUCAUGGCUUUUAAAAAGCACACUCUGUAGUUAUCACUAGCCCCUACCCUUUUAAAGAUUAUCUGAUCACUUGUGUAAUUCACUUCUCAAAAGACAGUUUCAAGGUCUAUGUAAUGCAUUCCCCCCAAUGAGUAUAAACAUAAGCAGCACCUUAGGAAGUAGUAUAAAGACCUGACUUCACAGUUCUUAAUUUUUUAAGAAAGAUUGUUCUACACAGUGUUUCCAGUUUAGCAGCUAUAACUAAAUGUCAAAGAUUCCUACCCCCCUGCCCCCCUACCCCCCAUUUUGCUGUGAAGGAGGUUAAACCACAAGCCAUCCUGGGUGACUCAGGAAGCUGUUGGAAGAACAUGUCUGUCUGUCGGACUCACUUCUUUGCUGACUUGUUGAGGGUUAAUUGUUGCCUUACAAUGUUACUGAAAUAAACUUUUUAACAUACUGGUUGGAAAAAA